GAAAUUGUUACCCACUAGGUUCCGACUCGCCUUUUAAUCCAGUCAGUGGUGCAAUUUCCACAUCUUUGAUGUUCGCAUGAUGUACAGUGUGUGUUUAGAACGGCCGUCAUAGCUCCAUGACCAUUCAAACCACAGUUACAGCAAUACCAGAUCUCAUCGUAAACGUAUUGCGGCUCACUGGUGAGCUGUCCGCUGCUUUUACUGCCAUGGUUGUGUUUGCCACUGCUCGAAUGUUUGUGAUAAGAAUGGCCGCGACUAGAUUCAUGGCCAGCCUGUAACGAUGGUUGCGUGCGUUUGCGAUCAUGAUUUGAAGAUAUUGCUACCAGCGAUUGAGAGUGCAUUUUGAUAGCAAAAAUGCAAUCGAAUGGCCAAGCGGGUAAGAAUGCGGAGAUUUGAAACAACUUAUAGACGGCUUGUAGAAAAAUGAAGAAGAUCUGAGGACUUGAAGGGUGGCAACUGCUUUUCGAUGGAAAGGAGUUCAAAGAUUCUUAAAUAUUCAAAGAUGUUCGACGGCAUCUUGAAAUUGGUUGCCCUCUAUAGUAAUUUGACACCACAGAUGCCGCCCUUCACAGCCCGGAACAAGGUCCUCUUACUCUAUACUGAUACUGUGAGAGAUGCUUUCCAAAGCUUUCCCCCGUAUGAUAGGUCACAGCUGAAAUACUCUGAGUUCACCGGAAAAUCAAUUGAUGCCCCAUUCCGCCCUUCACAGCCCGGAAUAAGGUCCCCUUGCUCCAUACUGAAACUGUGAGAGAUGUUUUCCAAAGCUUUUCCCCGUAUGAUAGGUCACAGCUAAAAUACUCUGAGUUCACCGGAAAAUCAAUUGAUGCCCCAUUCCGCCCUUUGAAAAAUAGUGGCAUCUCGGGGUGGCUGUGAUAAUUUAAAAGCAAAGAGAAGGCUAUCUUCUUCCAAGAAAAUAUCUCACCAGGCAUAUACUACUCAGAAAUAUGAUGGAGCAGAUUGAAAUCCUGCGAUGGACCAGGCUCCGAGAUGGGGAAUGUAUUUGCUUAAAAUCCCGCUCUUUUCGGCUUGGCAGUCAUAAGGAGGAAAGUCUUCAGACAAGGUUAAUUGGAACGAUGCCAUCAUGAUCGAUAAGGUCA